GAGUGUGAAGGAGGGAGGCGCAGCUCACCGGAGCGCAGCACACACACAUACACACACAUAGAUGGUUCCUGUCGGUCACCAUGAGCCACCGGCACCGCGCGCUCAGCUGCCUCGCCCUCGCGCUCGUCCUGCUGCUGCUGCCCCGCGCACAAGUGGCGGCGGAGUACUCCACCUCCUCCAAAACCGACCUGGACUACGAGUUCGGGGACUACCGGGGGAAAUGGUGCAUCGACGACCACGGCUUCGUUUACGGCAUCGGGGAGAUUUAUUACCCGAGCCCCUCGUCCUGUCCGUGCACGUGCACCGUGGACGGUCCGGUGUGCGUCCGGCCCAAAUGUCCCCGCAUCCACCCCCGGUGCACGAGGAUCAGGUACAAGGCGUGCUGCCCGGUGUGCGAGGCCAUGGCCCGGGUCUGCGUCUACGCUGGAAAGACGUACCGACUCCUGGAGGAGUUCAGGGUGAGCUCCAAACUUCUCCUCCUCCUCCUCUUCAAAACUCAGAGAGCGCGCGUUAGGACAGGUUUACGCACAGCACCUGAUCAGGAGUUUAAAGCUGCAGGAGUUUACACCUGGACAGGUGAAGUGCAGGAUUACUGCUGCUGCUUAGGGCUCAAUGUUCCUGAAGUUUCUCAAAGGUCAUAAUAACGUGUUGAUGUCUUAAGAGUGGUUAUUAUUGAUGGAUAAACACAGGAGCUGUGUGCCAGAUCUGAGCAGGGAGUCAGAAAAGUCUGUGUGCAGAAAAAACAGAUUAACUUUCAUUGUUACUGCUGGGUAGGUUCAUAAGUAUAAGACAGACGUACCUCAAAAAACAUAGAAACAAAAAUCACAAAAGAAGCAGAAGUGUCAGAAAACCUGAGGAGAACAAUAACACUUUGAAAGAGCUGUUUAGUUUUCUUCUUACCAGCUCAAACCAGCUGCACAGGUGAGGUUACUCUCCUGUCCUCAGAGUCAGAUUAAUAACAGCUCAGUGUGGUCUACAUUACUGUUGCAUCACGGUGUCAGAUAUGGGCUCAGCGGGGACUGAACGGUGUCACUGAUGGUCAAAUUAAAGAAGUAGGAGUUACAUAAAACAGUCCACUAACACCAGAACUAGGUCAGCUCUGUGUGUGUGUGGGACAUUGAUUAGUGUAACAUGAUGUUCAGACUCACUUUGUGUGUGAAGUAGCCGUCAGACCGAGCCCACCAAUCAUCUGUCGUUGUUUCCUAACUCACUCAGACGAAUCCGGUUUGUGUUUGUGUGUUCGCAGCUGUCCAGGUGUGAGCGAUGUCGCUGCGGGGCGAACAGAGAGGUGUACUGCAGCAUCUCAGACUGCCCCGCCCCUCACUGCGUCAACCCCACCUACGAGGCCAACCACUGCUGUCCCAUCUGUAAGAACGGUGAGACCCUCUCAGACCUCUCUCCUUUAGAUGCUCCUUAAACUCAGACUGACGGUACCUCAGUGUCUGGUUCUGUCCAGGGUUUCUGCCUGACAUUGGAGGUUAAAAAAUACAACAAGAGUAAACUUUAAGGGACAUCUUUCGCUGUGAUUUGAGGCUGUAUGAAUACAUUUUUAUAAAAGAUCCCUUUUAUUGGAGAUUUUGAAGUUUUGGUUUCUGCGUUGGCUCAUUUUGACUCUAUUAAUCAAAUCCCUCCUGCUCAUAAUCCGCCCUAAUCCGUGUGAAUCAUCCGGCCCUUUCUGGAGCUCUUGGCAGCAUCAUAACCACAUGUGGGAUUAUUUUAACACACUCAUGUUUGUAGGCCGUGUUUUAUACCAACCGUGAACAUAUCCACACAGAAGCAGCAGCAGUUACGUCACCACACACACCCACUGUUAUGUCAUACAUGUUUCCACCGCCACAGGCGUUCAGACCCACACUGACACGGGUGGGAUCUGGGUGCGUGUCAAACAGGGGUAUUAAUAGCUCAUGUUGUACCUUAAAACGAUCAGAGGACUCAAGCGUGUGUUUACCUCUUGAACUUGAAGAUUUUCCUCUUGAACCGCUCUUCAGUCGCUCUCUAGUUGUAGUUCUUGUAUUCAUUCCUCCUCUGCCGGACAGACAGCGACACAGAUGGUUUAGUUUGUUGCGUCAUUGUUUAUUUUUUUUCCCCCCUCUGCUCAGCUGUCCCAUUUGGCAGCACAUGAGAUGUACUUCCCGUCCUCCUGCUGGCUGGCGGCGGUAAUUGUUUCUCAGGUAGCUGCCAAAUGAAAGGAACCCCCAUCUGUGAAUGACGGAUGCAGAUGAUAUUAAAAGCAGGCUGUUUACAUUUCUGCUCCUGCACGGAUUCAGAACAUCCACAGAUCUGCUUUUAUAUGACGAUUAGAAACUACCUGACACUCUCCAAACUCACAUUAACCAGGUUGUUUGUUUUAUUAUGAACAUGCACAACAAUUAACAAACCAAUGCAGUGACGUCCACCCCAGGGUUAAAGGGAUAUUCCUGCGUAAAAUUAAUUUAGGGUCAAAAACAUUGUAACACAGAGUUAGACACCCCCUUCAGAGAUGAAUGUUGCUGACUGCUUGCUUCUCUAGUUAAACCAACUUUAGUAACUUUAUCGUUUUAGUUUCAGGGGAGUAGGGGAGACCGGGUCUUGUUGUCACACUUUUUAAACUCUUAUAUUUUACUUGGAAUCAGUACAUCAUAUGUAAACAAAAUGUGAACCACAUGAAAAACCAAAAUCUAAGGUAUUUAUCUCGUAUUCAUGUCAUGUUUAUAUGUUGUGUCAGUGCAGAGUUAUAAUCAAUCAAAUGGAGAGUGUGAACGUGCGACAUGUUGGCCCACAAUCGGGUUUGUUGUCAGUGGACUUUACAGCUAAUAAAACAAGGACAAAUUUGCUACUAUUCUCAUUUUUUUUUACAUGAAAUGAACAUCAAAGUCAGACACAGAAAAUGUUUAUCAUUGAGUUCUAGAAAAAGUUGUUGAACAAAUGUGAAUAUAAAAUAUAAUGAAACAUGCUCUGGAGUUUGGAGAUCUGUCUGACUCUGUGUUUCAGCUGGGGUGAAUGUUUUACAGUACUGAGCCGAGGUAUGGUAGUUGAGAUUAAAGUCCUUUAUUGUACUUCAGAUUGAUUUAUGAGCGAGGGUCACCUGUCUGACUGCCCUCAGCAUCACAUCAGGACCAUGUUUUCUUGCUCUCUCCUCUCCUUUAAAUCACUCUUUUUCUCUGUAAAAAUAAUAUCAAGAUUUCUAUUUGACGACUGCUGAUAAACAGACUCUCUAUGUUCAUUUUAAUCCCUUUGAAACAUGCGAUAACUAACCGUAAAAUGACUGAGACAUGUUGCCCCAAACUACCAACUAAAUUAAUUAAAGCUUUAGCUUAAAAAUAGCUCAAAACAGAACAAUGACUGAUGCCUUAAUCUGUCCUCUAACAAGUCCACAUGUUUCACUGCGAGGAUUUAUAUCUGGAAGAAGAUUAUUUUAAAAUAAAUACGGUUAAUUUUUUUAUUUUGGGUUGUGCAAAAUGGUUAACUGGCGUUAUCUUAGCUCACAAUGUUUUGUUCUCUUCUCAAACAGGACACGACUUCUGGGCAUUUAGGGGUUGACACUCUCUAGUGGACUUAAGUGGAACUGCAGUUAUUUGUACUUCACUUUGGAGAGGUGUAUGCGCUGACUCUCCUCCGUCCUGUCUCUCCAGGUCCAAACUGUUUUGCAGGGAACAGGGUGAUCUCUGCGGGAGAGAGGGUGAACAUGGACGAGCGGACUGUUUGUUACUGCACCUACAGAGACGGGACGUGGCACACACACCCUCAGGCCACCUGCGAGCAGCGCCCACUGCCCAGCCCCACUCCCACUGUCAGCGCCGACCCCCCCGCAGAGGAGGGGGCCAGGGGGAGAGGGGGCAGAGCUUUCAACCCCAGACUGGAUGUGAUCCCAUGAAGUGGUGUAAUAGAUGUGCUAAUUAACUCCUUCCUUAUUUAUCAGUUUUAGGAGAGCUGAACUCGGCUCACAUUUAGCAUCACUCAACCUGCACAUUUGAGUUUACAGGAAGACAGCGAGGGGGUUUCAGGGUCCGAGAGUGAAGCCAGUUUAUUAGCAGCAAAGCAAAUUCAUACAAGACGAAUGCAAAGAUGCAAAACACCUACCGAGAAAAGUGUCAGACGAAUCCAAGUCUUAGGGCAAAUUUGUGAGAUCCUCCUCAGGACCCGCAGUUUCACCAAGAAACUGCAAAAUAAAAACAAAAAACAGGCAUUACGCAGAGAGAAUUCAGGCUUUUUACGAAUCUAGAUCAGGGUGUAAAUACAUCUGAUUUCUUGAGAUUUAAUCACAGGAAAAUGGAGAGUUCAGAGCUCCAGAGGAAAACAGAUUUUAGCUAACUUUAAAGCUCCUGUGAGGAGUUUUUAAUAUCCAUGAAAAAGAACAUUUUGGACCAUCAGAUUACAGGUUUUCUGCCUGAGGCUGGUGUUAGAGAGUCGGUGUCAGCCAAGCAGCUGAAGAAACAGCCCUGUUUUUACAUUAAAGCUCCUGUGAGGAGCUUUUGAACAUCCUCAGAAAAGACAGAAACUCAUUUUGAUGUCUGUUUAUGAUCUCGACAUUUGAACAUGACCGCCGCAAACACGCCUGACAAUUUUUAUACUGUAAUUUUUAGGGGGUGGGUGUCACUGUUAGGAUAUAUUCUGUGAGAAGACACCACUAUAAGCAAUGACUACUUUGUCCACACGGGGAGCCAAAAUUGACACAACUUAAAAGUUCCUCACAGGAGCUUUAAAUAUUUACAGUAAAUGAUAAAGUUGGAACAAUGAAACGUUUGAUAGGCGACGCUGUUCAGUCAUAUGAUGCACAAAGUACGAAGAGACUGCUUUGUCCACAGGGGGCGCCAAACGUUUAUCAAAGUGUUGUUUACAGCCAGUCUGUGUUCGUUCCCCACUUGACAAAUGUUGUUUUUUACGUCUCAGUUUACCUCUUACUAUAUAUGUAUAAGUCCACUAUCUACCUACAAACCCACAGAGCUGACACGCCCAGAAAACCUCCCAUCAUCCCCUGGGGUUGGGAUGUAUGGAUGAAGUCAGCGUGUGAGGUUAAGUAUCUGUUAUUUACAGUAGAUGACUCAGGGGGGAGCGAGUGCUGGGUGCAGGUGGCCGCCUGGUCUCUCCGCGUGGACCUGCUGGUUUCCGUCUGUAAGCGGAGGCAAGAGACGUCCAAGUAGACCACACACUCAUACACACACACACACACAAAUACACACACAGAGCGAAGGAAUAACAGUGUAAGCGGAAAAGGCGAUGAUUCAAAGGCAUCCUGGUCAAACAGAUGGUGUAUUUAUGUAAUGCUCACACGUCGGUAACCUGCCCCAUAUACUGCACGUCUGUCAUUUUUCAGGCACACAGAUCAGGGUUUUUGUGUAGCACCUUAUUCUUUUUUCCUUUUCUAAACAAGUGCUGUCUUCACCGUCUUCUCCUGCUUCAGACUGAAUCACACGGAAACACUUUUAACCACUGUUUUUCUUCAGUGUUACUCAGGUUCAUCACUUUCCUCAGUGUUUUCUUCUCAUGCUGAUUGUUGUGAAGUCUCCCCGUGUGAGGGAGCCUCUUCUGGGUCAAACUCGUGCCGUGUUGUGAAUCUCGUCAGGUUUUUGUGUACUGAUGUUGAUGUGAAAACCUGUAAGCUGCAGAUCGGGAAAUAAAGCUUCUACAGAGCCUCA